UUUUUUCUUCAAACCUGACAAAGGAAAAACAUAAAGGGCAUUUUUAAUUCCGUUUUCCACACAACUUUACGGUAUCCUGCGGUUUCCACCACAUCCUUUGUUUCCGUGACGAUUCGAGUUGUCUCGAACACGGAUCGAUAGUUAGUGUGUGGUAAACAAGAAGCGUUUCUACAUCAUAACCUCAAAAUUAGUGUUUUCAUUAAAUUUCACUGAGAAAACCUAGAUUUAGUCGUGUCUUCAUGUGUGAAAUAUAAUAGAAAGGAGUACGAAGUAGGUGCAGAAGUACUAGCCGCCGUCCCAAGAAGCAAUAGGAAUGGCGGCGAGCUCAAAUUCUUCGUGCUCUGCACCGAACCAGAUGCAAUUGGGACAGGGACAACCCCUGGCAGAAGUAAAGUUGCUGCUAGCCCCGAAACCCGUAAUGUAUCCUCAUCUGUCACAGUGGCCUUAUGUGUUGCAGCCCCAGGGACUCCCAGGGGUCGAGGGGCAGUGCCUCAAACCAGAUCCAGGCCAUCUCUUCUGGGUGAAGCCAGAAGGCCCUGAGUGCAGUGGACAAACUCAGCAAACUGGGGUAAAUCAGCAUGCACAGAACCAGAGUUCUCAUCUUAAGAAGAAGAGUUCAUGCAAAAAGGAACCAUUUGGAGGAAAGGGCAGUGGCCUUGGGAUGUGCGUAUCAGUAAUUUCAAUAUGA